AUGCGUACCGUGAUAUUUUCCGACUCUAUAUUAAUAAGCGCCACGCGACCCUACUUCUGGACAUUGACUUUAUUUGGAAUCGUGUUACCACCGAAUUACAUACUCCGCACAAUCCAACCAACCAAUCGUCAAUGGCUAUUAUUUCUAAUACGAAUUGUUUUCACAAUAUACGCACUAUUACAUUGGACCUUUACUGGCUUUUGGAUCGCGUAUUUAAACAAAAACUUCCUCAAUAACUAUGUGAGGAGAAACUCGUUGGAUAGCAAAACUUAUAUACUAACCAUUGGCAUCAUUAUCGUACAGCUCAUAGUGCAAACAGUGAUACAUGCUCAGGCAUUAAUGGGCCAUCAACAACUUCGGCGCAUACUCAUUAAUGUAGUGCAAUUGGAAUCGGAUAUACGUGAACACGCUUCAGCCGUGUGUUCGCUGUGUGCCAUUCGUUGGCGUUUUUUCUUGCAUAUAGGAUUAUGGUUACUACUGCUUUGCACUUUCAUUAUGUACCUAUAUUAUGAACUAUCACCUGGAAAAUACACAGCUCUGCAUCAAGUGGUCUCGAUAUUUGGCUAUACAUUGACUCAAAUGAAAGGAGUUGAGUAUUGUGUUAGUGUGCAACUGAUACACGAGCUCUUACACUUGGUGCAGCAACAGUUGACGCAUUUGAGCUGGAAAUUGGAGCGCUGUGAAAGAUUGGAGCUGCGUUGGGACUUAUUCGUCCAAUUGCAAACAAACCAAGCACUUCUGUCACGCGUCUGGCAUCUACUGAAUCAAGUGGAACGAUAUUUUUACCUUCCAGUGCUUAUGCUAUUCUUUUGUAAUGGAUUCUUAAUGACGCAAACCAUACAUUGGGGCUAUAUUAAUUUGGAACUCGAUGAUUUGAAGCUGCGUUUAUGUAAGUUUUCUCGUGAUUCCACUCAUGUAUAA